AUAGCGCGACAGACAGACCUCCAUAUCGCUGUCGCGCGGUUCGUCGCCGUCUCUCGACGACCGCCCGCCUCCGCCGACGACGCGCGGUUCCGGCGAACACCAUUCUUGGUUGGUUGUGAGCGGUUGGCCGAAGCAGCCCUCACGCCGCCCCGCUGAAUUUCCCCGUCUCGCACGACCAACCAGCACCAGCCCCCAUGUCUCGCCUCUACUCGACCGCUCCGACGGCCGUCUUCCUCCGCCGCUCCUCCUCCACCUCCACCUCGCCGCCCUCACUCCGUGCUCCUGGUGUCUCCCUCGCCACCGCCACGGAGCGCGUACGCUCUGGGACGUUCAGCUCUGAGGACGCACACGUCCUGUUCGACGAAUUGCUGCUGCAGGCCACUCCAGUCCCGGAGCGCGCCCUCAACGGCUUUCUCGCCGCCCUAACCCGCGCGACGGGCCCCGCCGCCUGCAGCGACGGCCUCGGGAUCACCAUCGCCCUCUUCAGCCGCAUGUCCCGACUCCAUGGCCCGCCUGUGGGGUCGCCCACAGUCCACACGUACAGCAUCCUGCUCGACUGCUGCUGCCGCGCGCGGCAGCCAGACUUAGCUCUCGCCUUCUUUGGCCGCUUCCUCAGGGCGGGCUUCAAGUCAAACAGCCUUAUCGUCAACACCCUCCUCAAGGUCCUCUGCCACGCAAAGCGGACAGAUGAGGCUGCGGACGUGCUGCUUCACAGGAUGCCUCAUCUGGGCUGCGAGCCUAAUGCCAUCUCAUACAACACAGUUAUCAAGGGCUUAUGCUUAUGUGAUGGUAGCAGGAGCCAUCAUGCACUCGAGCUACUCCGGAUGAUGGCAAAACAAGAAGCUGGCUGCUCCCCUGACGUGGUGUCAUAUAACACGGUUAUCCACGGAUUCUUAAAGGAGGGUAAAUUCAGCACGGCAAGCAACCUAUUCCAUGAAAUGGUACAACAGGGUGUUGUUCCUGAUGUGGUGACAUAUAACUCGAUGAUUGAUGUGUUGUGCAAGCGUGGAAGAAGCAAAGAAGCUAGACAGAUUCUGGAUUGCGCGAUUCUGAAGAGCCUCAAACCUGAUAUCGUGACAUACUCUACCAUGUUGCAUGGGUACGCUACAGAAGGAUGCCUUGUUGAUAUGAAUAAUCUCUACAACUUGAUGGUAGGAGAAGGUAUUGUACCUAACCUAUAUGUGCUCAACAUAUUGAUUAAUGCACAUGCUAAGUGUGGAUCGGUGGAUGAGGCCCUUCUUAUCUUUGAAGACAUGCAGAAGCAGGGAGUGAAGCCGAAUGUUGUAACCUAUUCAGCCAUGAUAGAUGCGUUUUGCAGAAAGGGUAGAAUGAAUGAUGCCAUUGAACAAUUCAACCAGAUGAUUAAUAUGGGGGUACCACCGAAUAUACAGACUUACAACUGCCUGAUUCAGGGUUAUUGUACACAUGGUCAUUUAGGAAGAGCUAAAGAACUGGUUUAUGAAAUGAUGGAAAAAGGCAUUGGUUGUCCUGGCGUUGUGUUCUUUACCUCAAUAAUGAACAACCUAUGCAAAGAAGGAAGGGUGACGGAUGCACAAGAUAUCUUUGACUUUAUGAAGCAUAUAGGUGAGAAGCCCGAUGUUAUCACUUUUAGUUCACUGAUUGAUGGAUACUGCUUAGUUGGCAAGAUGCAGAUAGCAUCUAGAGUAUGUGAUGAUAUGGUAUCGGUUGGCAUUGAGCCUGAUGCAAUUACGUACAAUACACUUAUUGAUGGAUACUUUAAAGCUGGAAUGGUGGAUGCUGCGUUGACUCUGUUCAAAGAAAUGUCAGGUAUGGCAGCUAAACCGGAUACUCGUACUCAUGACAUCGUACUGGAUGGGUUGUUUAAGGAUGGUAGAACUGUUGCUGCAAAGGAAAUGUUCCAUGAGAUGAUCAAAAGUGGAGUGAGAUUGUCCAUUGGUACAUACAAUGUAAUUCUCGGUGGGCUUUGCAAAAAUGGUUGUGCAGAUGAAGCAGUCAUGUUGUUCGACAAAUUGCGAGCAAUGAACCUUAAGUUUGGUAUUAUAACUCUCAAUAUUAUAAUUGAUGCAAUGUUUAAAGUUGGAAGAAUAGAGCAAGCUAAGAAUUUGUUUGCUGCAAUACCAGCCAAGGGAUUGGUACCUGAUGUUAUAACCUACACCACGAUGAUGUCAAACCUUAUAGAAAAAGGAUUGGUAGAAGAAGCUGACAGUAUAUUUUCAUCAAUGGAGAUGAGUGGUUGUGCUUCCAACUCUCGUAUGCUAAAUAUUAUUAUCAGAAAGUUAUUGAAAAAAGGUGAAAUAGUCAGGGCCAUCAAUUAUAUGUCCAGAGUUGAUGGGAAAAGCAUGUCGCUUGAAGCUUCAACUAUUUCCCUGUUGAUAUUUCUCUUUUCAAGGAAAGGGAUAUACCAUAAGCACAAAGAUUUGCUCCCAGAAAGGUAUCAGUUUUUGGAAGGAGACAUCCACAGUUGACAUGAUGCAUUCUAUCUGAACUUAAACCCUCAAAAGGCACACUUGAGAUUUUCCUUGCAAUGAGGCCUUUCUGCUGAUACAUGAAAUGCAAUCUAUCUGCGAGUAGAAAGUUAGUACCCGAUUCUCUUUCUUUUCGUUUUCCAGUGUGUUAAAAUCAUGGAAUGUGAUCUGUCGGUAUUUCAGUAAUGAUAUGUAUUUUCUGUGUAUUGUUUUUUGUGUUUGUAUAUGCGGAUAGGUGGCAUUUGUUAGGACGAUGGCUUUUGGUGCCUGGUGGUGAUUGUGGAAGGCAUAGAAGUGUGUUGUUCCACAAGAGUUUGAAUCUUUAUUUUGUUCUGGUGCACUGAUACAGGAUAAUAAUUCUUAUAAGUAGACAUUAUUCAAAGACAAACUUAAGUUAACUUGUAUGGCUGUAUAGUUUUGAAUUAGUGAUUUACUACUUGCGUUUUAACUAUAUUAACAGAGGUCAAGAGUGUGGUGGUAUCACCAAUCAUCCAUGUAAUUUCAGGAGAUAUUCGUGCAUCACUUGGUACAGAAAUUUAAAUUGUUUGUGUUUAUGAUGUGCCAAGGAAAUAGGAAGUAUGACUUGUAACUUACCAUUUUAUUUCUUCUCCAUUAGACUUAAACAUAAUUCCAGUCAUCCUGUAAUUUGUCUUGUUUUGGGUAAGCUUCUGGUAUGGCAACAGUUGUUCCUUCAAACUUCGCUAAUUCUGGAGAAGCUUUCUACUUUCAAACCAGACCUUUGCUUACAGGUUUAUUACUAUGUGUUGCAGUCAUUUGGAAGUCUCUUAAGCUGCUCGCAUAUUUAUUAUAUUUGUGGAUCAUUAGUAUGUUCACUUUCAUUAUUUCCCUGAUUAUUAAACUUUUCCCAUUGUGAUAUAUUGUUUUCCAAUUUUAAAAAUCUUGUUUUUUUGUUUAUCAACAAUGUUCAUACAUUGUUAUUCACAUAUGAAAGGAAAACUAUAUCAGAUAAAAUUUAGGAUUCUUAAUAACUUGGCAAAAUUAUUAUGAAAUUGACUGUUUCAGUCAGAAGCCUCCGUUCAACAUCAGGGUGGAAAUAAGUGAUGAUUUUGGAAACUAGGUGCUACUUCAAAUACUGGCCCAAGUCAGAGGCUUCUCAAGUCAUAUCCAUGUAAGGUUUGUGCUGUUGUUUGUGUUUGUACCUUGUUAACAUACUAGCAUUCUUAAUUUGCAAUGCAGGUCAUGGUAUUUGAAUUCUGCAGAUGCUGUGAACUUGACAAAAUAUAGUGUUUUUUUUACAAAAUAUAGUGUUGUUUGGAGAAAAUAGUGUGUUUGGAGAAAAUAUAGUGUGUUUGGAAAAAAAUUAUUCGCAAAAAAAACUUGAAAAAUAGAGUGUUGUUUGGAGAAAGGUGCUGUCCCUCAGAUAACACAAACUUGGUGUUAUCCAUUUUGCGUGUUCCUAAAUACAGUUAACCGGUUAUUUGGAGUUCAGUUUGGGAAUAAUGGUUAACAAGAGCAGGCAACUGUUAACAACACUGGAACAAGGAAGGCCAACAGUGAACCAGCAUAUCCUAUUUAUACUGACGAAGAGGCGGAUGGAUGG